AUGCAUCCAAGAUUGCUGCAUUUACUACUCCCGCUCGCGGUUACGGCGCGCGACGUUGUUUUCCCGCCAGUAUCAGGCGUACAGAGUCCGUUUGUCACCAGUGGCGACGAUGCAAUAGCGGAGUUUCCGGAGCCAAAUGCUUAUGCUGGGCUGACGACGUUUGCGAACUCCCCCUUUGUGAAAUGCUUGGCCGACGGAGAGGUUGAGAAAUUUGACAUUGCCUUUCUCGGUGCACCAUUUGAUACGGGUGUCACAGCUCGACCAGGAGCCCGCUUUGGGCCAACCGGCAUCAGGCAAGGCUCCAGAAGGAUCUCUGCGGGCGAAGCAUGGAGCGUGUAUACCGGGAAGAAUCAAUACCUCGACUGGGCCAAGCUAGUAGAUUGCGGCGAUGCCCCUCUGACGUUUCUGGAUAAUACCGCUGCCCUGCGGCAGCUAGAUAAGGCUCAUAAGGUUAUAUCAGGGCGUAGAACCAAUUCAAGCACAUAUACUACGCCAAGAAUCAUCACCCUGGGUGGAGAUCACACCACUACGCUGUCGGCGCUGAGAUCCACGCAUGAGCGAUGGGGUCAAGUGAGCGUCAUCCACUUUGAUUCUCAUAUUGACACAUGGGAUCCUAAAGUGCUCGGCGGCGGUAUAUCUCAUUAUGCUGGCGUGAACCACGGCACGUUUCUGCACAUUGCGCAUGAAGAAGGGUUGAUCAGCAAUUCCUCCAUACACGCCGGUAUCAGAGCACCGCUUGUCCGGCCCAAAGGUGAUUUGCGCAACGAUGUCAGAUGCGGCUUCGAGAUUGUGCGGGCGAGAGACAUCGACCGCAUCGGUACGAGUGGUGUCAUUGAAAAGAUCAAGGACAGGGUCGACGGACAACGCGUCUAUAUCAGCGUCGAUAUAGACGUAUUGGACCCAGCCUUCGCGCCCGGUACGGGAACUGCGGAGGUCGGGGGCUGGAGCACCCGAGAGCUUCUCACAAUCCUCGACGGGCUCAACGGUUUGGAAGUAAUUGGUGCUGACGUUGUUGAAGUUGCGCCGAUCUACGACAACAGGGGAGAAACAACGGUCCUUGCAGCUGCGGAGGUGGUCAACUCGCUUGUGACGCUAAUGGUCGAUCGACCUGUUAAGACCUGA